CAGCUAACAUAGAUUCUCCCUUUUGUUCACAAUUUCACUGCAUCAGACAAAAUGCAUCCUUCGGUGCAGUCGACUGCCUUGACCACAACCACAAUAUAAUGGACAAGUUUGUUCAGAGAAUUAACCCUUCAACGUCUCAUCAUCAGAACGGCUCACCUGGCAAAGGAAAGGAGCCGGCUCUGCAAGUAGAGCCACCUGCGAAGCGGGUCAAGAAGGAGAUCCCGGACAGUGAUGGGGAUUCCGAGACGUCGCUCUCAGACAGGAACCCACUGAGGCCAACGCUGAAUGCUGCUCGUUCGAAAAGGGUAUACACGGCAGAUACGGCAUCGCCUGUUAAUGACGAUGCCCUCUUUCAGUCUGAGGCCGAUUCUGUAGCUGGGCGGCCAACCGCAAUUGAGAGCUCACUACCUGACAUUAAAGCCGACAAGGAAGCGAUAGAGGAGUAUGAGACUUUCAGAGCGUCGCAAGGAGAAAAGUCCGAGACUGCAACCUCGAGAUUCGUCAACCGGGAAUGGGUGAAAGGUAAAAGCUCAUUGUACGUAGAUGCCUUCAAUCUUGCCUUGAGUACGGUUUUGGAAGACGAGUCUCAUCUGUUUGAUGAGAAAGAGCGUGCGUUGUUCGAUAACUGGGAGAAAUCGAGCUAUGAGGCACAAUACUUGUAUGUUCGACUCUUUCUGCGGAAGCAAGCAGUCUGGCAUCGAAUAGCCAAGCUUGGCUAUCACGGUGAUGUCUCGGAUCUUGAAAGGGCCGUAGAGGAACUGCAACAACCGAGAAAAUUCCCAGCUGUGCUAUCAGGAUCCCAACCUGAUUCUGAAGAAGAUGCCUCUGAUUUCGCCCAAGAAGAACACACCUUGGGAGGAUCUUUCAAGUUUGCAGAUAAUUCCGAUGCAUGUAUUAGCACAGUCGAUGAGGCCAUCACGCUUCUAAGUCUUGAUGAACUGAAAGGGCUUGCCAAGGACGCGAAAGUUCAAGGCAAAAACAAAGCAGAUCUGGUGAGAUCUGUCUGCAAAAUGAGUAACCGCCAAUCCGGUUUGAUGUCUGUGGGUCUGCGAAGAUCCAGCACUCACAACUCAACUGUCUCAGAUGACAACGGAACGCCGGAAGCAGAUUCACCUGGACUUCAACCUGCCGAUGAAUCCAACAGAAAUCAACAUUUUCUGGAAAAGAUUAUGAGUAUCGCGGGACCAUGCAUUAGGCUCUCUUUGCCGGUCCUCAAAUUGUUCGAGAGAGUCCAUCUGGUAUUUUACAGGUCUACAGAGUGGACAGAGAAGUCUCUGACAGCCAUCAUUCUUUCUAAGAUCUCACGACGCAAUUUCCCCGAGUACAUUGUCUGCAGGUCCGCAAACAUAUUCACAUCGCGGAACCAUUUACUUGAGUUUGAAACCGCAACGAGAACCGAGUUCUCCGUCGACAGCAUUCUUGAAUUCAGUGGUCCUCCACGGGAUGAAGGGUAUCAAAAGGUACUGGAUAUUUUCGAGCGCACGUAUGACCGCUGGAAACAGCUGCUCCAAGAAGAGCAAAUCAAAGAAGAAAGAGUGUACGAGACCGGCGAAGGCACGUAUUUACGACGCUUUUCGCCAGUCCAUCCAUACACUCGUAUCAUACAUAAGGCUACUAGCGUCCUUGGGAGAUUCAAAGAACACAGGAGGGAGCACUCGGUUUUGACGGAACUUCUCGAUCAGAGGUUGUUUCACCAUGCGCGCCGCGGCGCUUGGUAUCAACGAAAGGCGCUUUUGGAAGAACAUUACAUGUAUGCACUAGAGCCAGAUCCUACUUACAAGGAUCCCGAAGUGCAGAAGAAAAACUGGAAACGAAUAGCAGUGACAACAUGCGAAACAGCCCUGGAAGACCCCGAUUGCCAUCUGAAGUACCACUAUGAUCUGCAAAAGCGAAUCCUGAAACUUGAGAAACAGCUCAGGGUGCCUUUUCGCUUGCAGCAUGAUUUUGGACAUGUCAAACUCAAGAAGCCAGAGGAGCACUUCAUUGAAGGUGUUCAACUCAAAAAGGAUGAAAUCACAGGCAAGAAAGGGCGUGGUCCCAGCACGAAAACUAUCUGGGUCGACGAAGCCGAAGGUGACGGCGAAUGCAGUGUAGAAGCCAUGUGCCUCAGUUCCUACCGGUGUCAAGGAUGGAAAGGCUACCAUGCCGAAGGCGGCAUUAUCAGGACGUUGUUUGCCUACCUCUUCUACGAUAUCCUUUUCCUUUAUAUCCCCAACGUCUUCCAGACGGCUUACCAGACGUGUCCGCUCGACCUGUUCACGGACGCCUUCUACCCAACGAGGGCAUCCGAGAUCAAUCACCGCCUCGUCGAAAUUGCCAACGGCGAGGCAGCACGCCUUGUGCAAGAAGUCGAUGGCCGAGAACGAGAGAGACGCACUUGUGUCGUUGGCCUCAACUGGGACUAUGAACUACCUGAUCUUCUCGAGUUAGUCGACUGCUUCGAUGGCGCGGCCCUGGCGACGGUAUGUAAAGUCAUGGCACAGGAGUAUGGACAAAGGGGUGGGGGUCUACCAGAUCUAAUUCUGUGGAGGAAGGAGCCGAAGGAGGUCAUGUUCUCAGAAGUCAAAAGCGCCAACGAUCGCUUGAGCGAUACUCAGAGGCUGUGGAUUCAUGUCCUGACGGGAGCAGGGGUAAGAGUGGCGCUGUGCAACGCGGUGGCUAAGGAGGUCAGACGGGUUUGAAGGCGAAGCUGGAUCGUGGAGGGUAUUGUAAUUCCGUUGUGGCAUCGUGCAACGUCGUGUCUUGCACCCUCGGGGCUCGUCUAUGUUUAGAUUAUCAUCUCCGUUAUUAAAACGUGGGUGGUGUUCAUCAUAUAAUAUACCCUGCGAAUAUGGCAUGGGCAAAACUAUUAAUGCAAGACCCCACAUGUACGGAGUGACGAGAAUCAAUUUAGAUAACAAUAAAAAUAAAAUACGC